AUGGUCUCAGAGAAGAAAACCUCAUUCGGCGACUCGCUAUUCACAUUCUUUGCGCUUUACCUCACCACGCUCUUCUCCCUCGACUCAUGGGCCGCCGCGCGUAACUCGCCAUACCGCGCACCAGGCAAUAACGCCUUCUACCGCCCGGCGACCACCGCCCCCGAACCAGACAGCUACCAGGGCGGCAUGCACGGCCGCGGCAAUGCUGGGCCGGGAAGCGGGAGUGGAGGAAACGGCGGCAAUGUUGGCAGGGUGCCGCAGGCGAGGGACUCGCGGCCGCCGAUGCCGCUGUUUGGGACGGCGGCUUGCGGUGCGUGUAUGUCUUGA